GGGAGGUGCGGGACGGUCGUGGGCGGUGCGGUGCGGCCAUGGCAGAGCCGGUGGGUCCCGGUCCGUCCCUGCUGCUGGCGGCUGCCCGCCGGGCGCACGAAGCGGCUUUCGGGGGGCCGGCGGUGCUGGCGGCGUGGGCCCCCGGCCGGGUCAACCUCAUCGGCGAGCACACCGACUAUAACGGCGGCUUCGUGCUGCCCAUGGCUCUGCAGCUGGGGACGGUGCUGGUGGGAUCCCCCACGCAGGAUGGGACCAUCUCCAUCCUCACCACCUCGGCGGAGGCGGAUGAGCCCCACAGGGUGCAGUUCCCAGCUCCCCACCACGGCAGCUCCCUGAGCCCGGGGCGGCCUCGCUGGGCCAACUACGUCAAGGGCGUCAUCCAGCACUACCGGGGUGGUGCCGUGCCGGGGUUCAGUGCCGUGGUCGCCAGUGACAUCCCCCUGGGCGGGGGCCUCUCCAGCUCAGCUGCUCUGGAGGUGGCUACUUACACCUUCCUCCAGCAGCUCUGCCCUGAUGAUGGUGAUUUGGUAGCCAAGGCACUGGCGUGCCAGAAGGCAGAGCACACGUUUGCUGAGAUGCCCUGUGGGAUCAUGGACCAGUUCAUAUCCGUGAUGGGCAAGGAAGGCCACGCUCUGCUCAUCGACUGCAGGUCCCUGGAGACUGUCCCUGUCCCACUGAGCGAUGCCAGGCUGGCCGUGCUCAUCACCAACUCCAACGUGCGGCACACGCUGACGGGCAGCGAGUACCCCACGCGCCGGCGGCACUGCGAGGAGGCAGCGGCAGCACUCGGCAAGGCCAGCCUGAGGGAUGCCACCAUGGCCGAGCUGGAAGCGGCCAGGAGCCGGCUGGGCGAGGAGGUGUAUCGGCGCGCCAGGCACGUCAUCGGCGAGAUAGCACGGACAGCCCAGGCAGCACAGGCACUGCAGGACAGGGACUACAGGAUGUUCGGGAGGCUGAUGGUGGAGAGUCACAACUCCCUCAGGGAUGAUUAUGAAGUGAGCUGCCCCGAGCUGGACGAGCUGGUAGCAGCAGCUCUGGAAGUUGAUGGGGUUUAUGGCAGCAGGAUGACCGGGGGAGGCUUUGGAGGCUGCACCGUGACACUGCUGGAAGCUGGGGCUGCAGAGAGAGCCAAGCAACACAUCCAGGAGAAAUACAGCGGCACAGCCACCUUCUACCUCACCAAGCCCUCUGGAGGGGCAAAGGGACUGCCCCUGUAGAGGAGCAACCUCCUCACCUGAGAUCCCUGGUCUGGAAUUGCCUCUCUCUCAGAGGCAGCUGCUUUCUCUGCUUCCCAAGGGGGUCAGUUUGUCCGUCUACAUCGUUUGCUCAAUAAAGGCAUUUGCACAGUUCU